GUUGAGACAAAAAUCAUUCGGAAAAGUCCGGGUCCGGUGACGUCCAUUCGAGGGACUAUACAGCCUGGCUAACCCGACGACACAUAGAGGAUAUUCUGGAUCUGGUGUCAAGACUACUAUUAGCAUCCUACAGGAAGGAGAUAAAUUACUUUAAUUCUGACAGUUUUCGUUCGUUUCCGGCCGUUUUGGAUGUAGGCACUGGGGCGAUUCUUUUAUUUUUAAAGGGACUACGCUGAGGAAAAAUAGAGAAAAAGGUUUUGUUUCGGGAACAUCAACACACCGUAACUGUGUUGUUAACUGCUGUAAUUUGAGAUAAACUACAUAGAUUGUUAUUUCCCUUUAUUUCUGAAUGUCUGUAUGGAGUCAAAGUCAUAACUUGGCGCAGGUGUAGUUGAAGGCUAUGUGGUGUGGUCGUGUAACAUUCCAAACACCGUUUCCCGAUAAGUCUGCCUUUCCUGUCGGAAGCCUGGAGAGUUGAGAGAGAGAGAGAGGGAGAGGGGCGAGCCCCCGAACAUGAUCUCACGGAGCGGGAAUGCGAGGAGCCAUGAGCUGGUCGGGUUCCCACGGCGGGCUGAGCUGCUCUGGAGCCGGGAUUAACCUGCUCUACCUCUCGCUGCUGCUCUGGAGCUCCUGCUCUGGCAUGGACGGACUGGCUGAUUUCUCAAAAUACCUGUCCCGGAUCAUUACCAGUCACUCUGUGCAUGCGUGCGACGGACAGCAGGUACGUCUCUCCUGUCCACGCCACUCCACCAUCUCUAUCCAGUCGGCGUUUUACGGACGGGCCGACUCAACGCUCUGCACCAAUGGGACGGCUGCGGGUGUCAGAGCGACAAACUACAGCUGUUCCGCGUUUACUACCCUACAGAAGUUACUGUCAGAGUGUCAGAGCCACAGAGACUGUCAGCUACCUGUCAAUCACCUGGUGUUUGGGCCCGACCCCUGUCCUGGGACCAUCAAGUACCUCCACGUCACCUACAAGUGUAAACCUACUGAGCAUAAGAGCAGUGUGGUGUGUGAGGGAGAGAAGCUGACGUUACACUGUAAGCCUCCCAGAGUGCUGAUCAUCUAUACAGCUGCUUACGGUAGGGGUCUGGGCCACACCUGUCCCUCACAGGACAGUGGAACACCCCCGUUUGAGUGUUUGAACCACAAUGCGGUUCACACUCUGUCACUCUCUCUCUACAACAAACAGAGGUGUGUUGUCUCUCUCUGUCAACCAGACCUUCAGAGACCCUGCUACCCUGUCUCCAGGAAGUACCUCUGUACUCUACUCCUGUCUUGUAUACCACAGACAUUACUGCAGGAAGCAGACCCAGGUGUCCUACACAGACCCACCUCACACCCAAAAGGUACUGGUUUCCCGGAUAGGUGGGACUAUAUUACAGCGAUCCAAUCCAGCAGUGGCUCCGGCAUUAUACCUAAAGCGGACGUUGCCAUUGGCUACACAGAGUCCCCUAUUAACAGAAGCCCACCCCGGUCCUCCCCCAGCCCACCCCGGUCCUCCCCCAACCCACCCCGGUCCUCCCCCAGCCCACCCCGGUCCUCCCCAGCCCACCCCGGUCCUCCCCCAGCCCACCCAGAUCCUGCAGAUGUGGCUGUCUAUCCUAAGGACUCCAGAACACCAGGAAACACAGGAGUCAUGAUGAGUAGCUCUGUUAUGACUUACUCCUAUAUUAAAGAGCACCCAGAUACUGCGGCGUUGUUGUUCACCUCAGUGUGUGUUGGUCUGCUACUCACCCUGCUGGCUGUGUCUAUCAGACUGACCUGUAGGGGCUCCGCCACACGCACAAAACACAAAACAUGCACGAGCCAGGAAGAGGAGGAUGAUGAUGAUGAUGAAGAAGAGGAGGAGAUGACUGACUGCUCGCUGCUGUCGGACUCAGACAGGCAGCUGGCUUACUGCUGGGAGGAAGUGAGCUACAGGACAGCGGACGCGGAGAGGCUAGAACGCAUGGAGAGGAGGGACAUGGUGAUCCAGGAGAUCUGGAUGAACUCUGAUCUCUACGGGACGAGUAACAGAACCUACACAGCUGAGUAA